AUGGCAAACAACAGUGAGAAUGAGUCAGAUAAUGAUGAUGUCCAUGGACAAUUGGUUGAACUAGGUUUAGGACUGGUUGAAGAAGUAAGAGUCUUGAAACAACAAUUGGCAGAGAUUACCUCCAUUCCACGUCCUCCAACCGCACCCCUCAGAAAUGACCCACCUACUGUACCCAUUGUCCCUACUUUCACUGUUCCUCAACCGACUCUUGCUCAAAAGUCCAACAAUGAUCCACAACUGAAUGCUCAUGAUGCCCAACAUUGCUCUCUAGAACUGGCUUUCAAGAUUCCAGAUUCAUACAAGCAUACUCCUCAGAACGUGUUCCCAAUUGAGAUCGCAAAGCCCGACAAGAAUAUGGAACAAGAGGAAAUGAUAAAAAAAAUGAAGAGCCUGGAACAAACCAUGAGAAACAUACAAGGUUUGGGAGGCCACAAGAGUGUUUCUUUUAACGAUCUAUGCAUGUUCCCCCAUGUUCAUUUGCCACCCGUCUUCAAGACCCCCAAGUUUGACAAGUAUGAUGGGCAUGGUGAUCCCAUUGCCCAUUUGAAGAGGUAUUGCAACCAAUUAAGGGGAGCAGGGGGCAAAGAAGAAUUAUUCAUGGCUUAUUUUGGGGAAAGUUUGACAGGAAUUGCUUCAGAGUGGUUCAUAGAUCAAGACAUAUCUCACUGGCACGUUUGGAACGACAUGGCUCAAGAUUUUGUCCCACAGUUUCAGUACAAUAUUGAUAUAGCUGCUAGCGUCAAACCACCAAUUAAAGAGGCAGAAAUGAUUGACUAUUUUCUCCAAGCUCAGGAUCCUGAUUACCUCCAUUACAUGUUGGCCUCCAUUGGUAAACCUUUCACUGAGGCGAUUAAGAUUGGUGAAAUAGUUGAGAAUGGAAUGAAGUCGGGCAAAAUUGUGAGCCAGGAAGCCCUUAAGGCGGCCAUGCAAGCAAUUCAAACCAGGUCAGACAGUUUCGGAAAUCGAAAAAAGAAAGAGGAAGGAUCCAUGAUGGCAUCUGGGUUCAAGGGAAUUCAAAGAGGAAUAGUUCCUUCUUAUGUGCAAUUCCAACAAGGACAAUCCAAUUCUCCUCAACAUUACUAUCCACCUCAGGGUCCCCGGUACUCAGUUACCCCACAACAAUACAUAGUGUUUAAUGCUCAGGCUUAUGCUAGGCCUCUCAAUCACCUGCAAUGGAGGGCACCUAUUCCACAAGGAUCCCGUCAACUCCGAUCGAAUUUUCAGGCGCCAUAUAAUCCUCGUCCCCGACAAGAAUAUGUGAGAGAACAGGAGCCCAAUAAAGCGUUCACCCCAAUUGGGGAAUUAUAUACAAGCCUAUAUCGAAAGUUGAUGCAGUUGAAGGUUAUUGAACCUAUCAUGCCGCGUUAUGUGAAUCCAAAUUCAAUGGUUUUGACUCCAAUGCAAGAUAAAGCCAUUGAAAAUUUGAUUGAAGCAAAGGCAAUUGUGGUAACAAACAAUGAGGAUACUCCUAAUAUCACAAACAAUACGCUCCCAGCUCAUGAUAAUACACAUUUUAUUAUGAUGGUUUGUGAUGAUCGGGAUUAUAAGCAGUCUGGCAAGACAGAGAUGGUUGUUGGAACCAUAGAGCAAGAACCAAAAGUGAUAGUGAGCCCGCCGCAAUUGGCACCGUUGAUUGUGAAAGGUGCGAGUUCUAGUUUGAACUUGGCAGGUUCUGAAAAAAUGAUUCUCUAUGUCCCUGGAAAAACAAAAAAGGUUGAGGUUCAAUUGGGUGGGCCAAAACUUUACAUCCCCGGGGGAAUUCAAAAGAUCAUUCCGAAUAAUGGUUUGAGAAAUAUAACAGAGCCAGUUGUGAUCCGACCUAUUGCACAACUCCCAGUGACAAACACAAAAGCUAUUCCCUGGAAUUAUAACAAGACUGUUAUAACAUAUAAAGGAAAAGAUAUAGUUGAAGAAAUAGAUGAAAUGGGGGGCUUGACCCACUCUGGAAGGUGUUAUUCACCAGAGGAAUUGAGAAAAGCUAAGCAAGACAUGGAAAGUCACUUACCAGUGAAAGAACCCGUUGCAGAAAAAGAAGCGGAGGAAUUUCUUAAGAAGAUGAAAAUGCAAGACUACUCAAUCACUGACCAACUAAGGAAAACUCCUGCUCAGAUAUCUUUGUUAUCUCUGCUUUUGCAUUUAGAAGAGCAUCGCCGUGUGUUGAUCAAAACUCUGAACGAGGCAUAUGUCUCAGAAAAGACAAUGGUGAAUCAGCUAGAAAAAAUGGCUGAAAAAUCUUUGAAGUAA